CCAUCUUCCAUCCAAUUUCCGUUCCUUCCCAAUUUCAUCUUCAUCUUCAUCUUUCGUCUUCAUUCUUACUUGAAACAAAAAGACCAUCAUUCCCUCUCAUUAUAUAUAUAUUCCUUCUUGGAUAUUCACUGUCGUUCAUCUACAACAACAACAACACCAACAACAACCCAACUUCAUCAAAUUAUCAUAUAAUCUUAUUCUUCGGUAAAUCCGUAAGUUCAUUCACUCGCAAAUCUUUUACAGUCAAUCAAUCGUCUUUAAGAAUACCUCAAUAAUCAAAAUGCAAUUCAGUACUCUCUUCCUCGCCGCUGCUGCAGCAACUCUUGCCAGCGCUGUCCAAUUGACUAACUCCGACUUCGCCGUCACCGCUGGAACUCCGUUCAACAUCACCUGGUCAGAUGCCGAAGGACCUGUCACCCUUCUCCUCAAGAGUGGCCCAUCCACUGACCUCACCACUGUCUCCACCAUCGGCAGUGGAUUGACCGGAACAUCUUACUCCUGGACUCCAUCAUCCGGUCUUGACUCCAGUCUCUAUGCUAUUGAGAUCCAAGAUUCCACCAGCACACCAAACUACAGUCAACAAUUCCAAGUUUCAGGUGCUACUGCCGCUGCUUCAACUGUGACUGCUUCUUCUACAAGUGCUUCUUCCGCUUCAGGAUCUUCCACUUCUGGCACUUCCACCGGAUCUUCCACUGGUUCCUCCACUGGAUCUUCCACCAGCUCUUCAACUGCCUCUUCUACUGGCUCUUCUUCUUCAAACGGUACCUCAACUUCUGCUUCUUCUUCCCCUACUGCUAGCGGCAACAGCAGCACCACUCUCAGCGGUUCCAGCUCUGCCUCAAGAACCAGUGCAUCCUCAUCCAGAACUGCUUCAUCCAGCUCCACUCGUGGCACUUCCACAGCAACCUCUGCCCCAACCUCAGCAGCUGCUGAGUUUGCUUCCCCACUCGCAUUCAUCUUCCUUGCAUUUGCAGCCAUCGUCACCCUUAACUAAGAAGACAAUUUUUAAGUUAUGGAUGCAUGAUUUUCCACUUCGUACCCGAUUACUUUCGAUUUCAAUUCAAAUUGUCGAAAGUUUUAUUUUAAUUCCUAUAAUGUACUUUACGCAUAAACGAUGAUGGUUUGGAGGUUUAAUUUUUGGGAAUGAUUUCAUGGUGGAGAAGGGAAGAUAGCAUGAAUGAAUGGGUAUGGUCAUGAGGAUUCUUGAUUGCUACUUUUACAUUGAGAAUACAUCAUGUAUGAUUGGUUCGAAAAGGCAAAGCGUUUACAAGGCGUUUAUUUUCGUCUUUCUUCUACAGUUGCGGAUUAUUGAGAUAGAGGAGUAGAGUUUACACAGCGGUUAGAGAGAUUGAAUUGUGAUUCGAGACUACGGGUUUCGAAGCCGAUAGAUUAAUGGAAUAGAAAUAUUCAGCCAUUCAACCAUAUCUUCACUGGAUUGACAAUAAUCAUGAGAUCUGACAUUAUGUUUGCACCGAAUUACGAUACUAGAGUGCGUAGGCGUUUGAGCCUCCCAAAAGUAAGCUUACACAAUAGUUUCACUGCAGGCUCGUCAGUCAGUGGUUAUCCAAGGAUUGAGAUUGGUGUUGAGAUCUCCCUCGUGCUCAUGUG